AUGGUAGAUUAUUACUACGACCAGGAUGAAUUAUACGAUUACAACAGAGUUUUCCCACCCUGCGACGUAAACUAUGUCAAAAAUCUGCAUCUCCAAGAAGCUCUGGUUUCUUCUUUGGUCACUUCGAUGGAGGAGGAGAUUAACCAUCAUCCCCAACCCCAAAGGCAUGUUACCUUGCGUAUCAAGCACGAGGAAGAAGAACCGGAGAUAAAAGCAGGGAACGAACCCGUAGAACCAUCUAGCAUGUUAUGUAUGAUAUGUAUGGACGAGAAGUCUCCUUCCGACAUGUUCCGAGGUAACUGCACUCACUCCUAUUGCACCGAGUGCACGGUCCGUUACGUAGAGACCAAGAUAGGAGAAAACGUAGCUGGAAUCAAGUGUCCUGACGUGGAUUGCCCUCACCUGAUAGAGCCAAACACAUGUCGAGAUCUGAUUCCAAGGAAUUUGAUGGAGAGAUGGGACAAAGCUUUGUGCGAGUCGUUGUUCAUGUCGUCGGGGAAAGUCUACUGUCCGUUCGAAAGCUGCUCGGCGAUGCUGGUGGUGGAGGGUGGUGAUGAUAAAGUGACGAUGACGGAGUGUCCGUCUUGUCACAGACUGUUUUGCGCUCAGUGUAAAGUGACAUGGCACGAAAGGAUUGGGUGCAAGGAGUUUCAGAGAGUUGGUAAGACUAAGAAGAAGUGUCGCAAGAAUGUUGAUAAAUUGUUGAUUCAGUUGGCUAAGAAGAAGCAGUGGAGGAGGUGUCCUAGUUGCAACUUCUACGUUGAGAAACUCGUUGGUUGUAUGCAUAUAAGUUGCAGGUGUGGUUUUGAGUUUUGCUAUGGUUGUGGAUCAAAGUGGGGUUAUCGUCACUCCUGCCUAAGUACUCGGCAGUACUCCAUGCGUAGCUUCUUCAAUUCGUUUCUAGCAAAUUCACGAUCAUUUGAAUAUUUUUAUUGA